AUGGUCCGAUUCUGCUCAACCCUGUCUCUGAUCAGCCUCUUGACCCCGAUUGUUCUGGCAGGCGUCAUUCCGGAGUCCAACGAAGUUGGUACUUUUGAUCAAUUUGACACCGUUCCGCAGGGAGAAGCCGUUCCUAACGAUGAAGUAUACACCGAUGAUGGCUCCGAACUCCACACCUGGCAUGAUGAUGAUGACGACGGCGGCGGCCCCGCUCUAGACACUCGGGGCUUCGAUGAAGCCGGUGCUGAUGAUUUUUCAUAUGCCGAAGUCGACGAAGACCCGAGCUACGCGUCCGCCGCGGCCGGUGGGGAUGUUGCCGCGCGAGCGCCUGCGAACUGCGAUCAGAUGGUUCGCACGAGUAUAGAUACUUGCAAGCGCGGGGUGCAAAGUCGCAUCGACACCUGCAAGAGAAACAUACAAGAUAAUAUUGCCACUUGCAAGCAGAAUCUCAGCAAAAGAAUUGAUGAGUGCAAGAAGAAGCACAAGUGGCCGUGGGAGAAGGCGCGGUGCGAAGCUAUGCGCCUUGAUGGUAACAGGCUGUGUGAGCAACGGAAAGCCAAAACCCCUCUAUGUGAGAAGAGCCGUCCCCAGGUGCUGGUAUGCUGCGAGGGUCUUCGGACCAGCGUGCGCGGUGUGUGUGCUAUCAAGCCCGUGCCUGUCGCACGAGUUCAGCAGGCUCUGCAGAACGCACAGCAGGGUUGCAUGAAGGGGCUCGUCUUUCCGCCCCUCUAAGCGGCUCUUACCAGCGAUCUAUCCGUGGCUACUUCCUUAUACUUGUUUCGUUCCCCUCCCAAGUGCCAUCUGACUUCGGUAACCCAUUGAUUCGAAAACACUAAACACAAGCAAAGAUGGUUGGCAAAGGAAUGUUGACUAAGGAGCUUCACGCAUGUCUAGGCAGAGAGCUUGGUCUAUGGUCAGAUCAUUUCAUCAUC